AUGACAUGGGGAUACGUUUGCCAGAAUUAUGUUCCUGAUAUACCGCCUUAUGCAUGGCCCAUUGUAAUUGCAGAAUGUCAGGGUCGAGAGACUGAUUGUCAAGAAGGAUACAAUUAUGGUACUGCGAAAGAUCUUUGCCUAAAAGGAUGCGAACGUUAUUAUCGUUGUGAACAAGCAGGCGGUCAACCAUCUCGAUCUCAGAGUGAAUGA